CUAAUAUUUACGACAAUCACAUGUACAUCAUGUGAUGUAACAUUGUUGUUUUCAUUUCCUGGUUCGCGGUUGCAUAAAAUAGGGUAAACAUCUCUGAAGUUGUCGACAUCGAAGAUAAUGUCCGAGACAAUAAUUGGCGGUAGACUGGAGAAGGCCACGUUCGCCAUGAGCUGAUUCUGGUUCCCAGAGGCCCAGUUCGGAUGUGUUCCUGGUGUGGUUAAAACCCGAGUUGGAUUCACUGGUGGUUCAACAAAGGAUGCAACAUAUCGAAAUAUAGGUGAUCACACUGAAACUGUGGCCUUGGACUUUGACCCAGAGAAGAUCAGCUAUGGUGAGCUACUUGAGAUGUUCUGGAAAAAUCACAGCCCUUAUACUCAAAGUAGAAACCAAUAUAUGUCUGCUAUCUUUUAUCAUGGGACAAAACAGAAGAUGAUGGCAGAAGAAUCGAGGGACAAACUCCAAAAAGAAGUUUCAAGACCAAUUGUUACUAAAAUUCUUCCUGCUGGCAUAUUCUACAAUGCUGAGAACUAUCACCAGAAGUACAUGCUGAGACAGCACAAUGAAGUUUUAGAAAAACUGAAUUUUUCUGAUGAAGACAUUUUGACUUCUCAUGUUACUGCCAGACUCAAUGGCUAUCUUGGUGGUUAUGGCUCAAUAAAGCAGUUUGAUCAGGAAUGCAACACUUUUGGUUUAUCGGAAGGUCAACUUUCAUUCAUGAGGACGCAGAUCCAGAAGAGACAGAAGAAUUAAGAUAUAUGUCCUUACCAGUGAAGCUCACUUAAACAAGAAUUCUGAUUUUACAGUAUAAAGCUAACUUAUCAUGUUUUAGAAAUUCUCGCAGAUGAAGAUGUUGAUUAAAACCCCACCCUGAUGAAUAUAAUUCUUCUAGACUUGACCAUGAUGUAUUGUUUCAUGUGUCAGAACCUCGUCUCAUUUUUCCUGCUAUUUUUUGGAUCUUUGAUCCUUAAUAGAUAAAUUAUUACAGUAUUUCAGUUGCUCGACCACUACUAGUCAUAAAUAUCUUUAUUCAAAUGCAUGUUAUGUUUACGGGGCAUUAAUACCGACUACUACAGCUACAGAAUCUGAUUUUAAAAAAACACUGAAAUAACUUUCUUAUCGGCCAUAUUGUAUAAUUCAUGUAUCAUUAAAUGAAGGUCAAAGUUGAAAUCAUUAGACUUUAACUGGAUGUACAACAUGAUAUUUUGUUUGAAAAUAUGGCUGAUAGGACAGUGAUGAUGGUGCUGUCUGAGAUAUUUGUUGGACAUUUUAAUAAAUUUUAUUGUUUCCCUCA